CAAAGCAGCGCAGGAGCGGGGCCGGCCCGGGGGAGGGAUGCGGGGGGGGGGGCCGUGCCGAGCCGUGCCGAGCCGUGCGGGGCCGCGCCGGGUGAUGUCAGGCUCGAGGAGGAGCCUCGGCCGCCUGCCCUUUUACUUUCGGCCGCCGGCACUUGGCCGCAGGCUGCCGCCGCUGCUGGCCGCCCCCCCCCCCCCCCCACCCCACCGGGCGCUAUGGGCACCCCCCCGCCGGCCUGGCCCCGUCCCCCGGCGAGCAUGUGAACCCCCCUUCGUCCUCCUCCUCCUCUUCCUCCCCGUCCCGUCCCCAGCGCCAUGCCGGCAGCCUGCACCCUGCUGCUGCUGCUGGGGCUUGGGCUGGCCCCGCCGGCCGGGUCGCUGCCCCUCGCACCCCCUCCUCCCCGGCGCCUUCCUCCUCCUCCUCCUCCUCCUCCUCCUCCUCUUCCAUCGCCCCGCAGCCGCCUCGGCCGCCCCUGCUCGCCGCCCGCCGCGGGACACGCUGGCCGCCACGUCAUUGACAGCCAUCAGGUGAGGAGAAGUUCGGACACAGCAAUGAGGACUUCCAGCUCUCUUGUGGGUGACGUGGAGCUUGUGACGAUGCUGGCCAGCAGCAGGGAGCCAGGGGCACACCAUUUCGGUUCCCCCACCAGCACUGAGGCUUUCCCCCUGCCAGGAGCAGGGGGCACAGCAAGCAGCCCCCCUCCUGCUGUUGGUAGCCGGGUGAGAGGCAAGAGGGCGCUGCCUUCUCCUGGAAACCCUGCAGACACAGAGACGAUGAUGACAGUGGGGGCAGCCUGGUCCUCGUCCUCAUCCCCAGCUUCGCAGGCCCACAGGGUGCUCCCCAGCACCCCUGUGCCUGGCUCCCCGGGGCAGCCCUCAUCCUCCCACCAUGCUCCCAGCACCCAGACUGGUGUGAGCAGUUCCAUGCUGCACUUGGAGGAUGCCACGGGGAACUCUGCAAGCCCUGCGCUUACAGCAUUGCCGGCCUCCGAAAACACUUCCAGAGCCGCUGGAAGCAGCUACCAGCCGUCCAACAGCUCAGCAGCAGAGAAGAGAACUUGGGGGUUUCACACCACCAGCACUUCCAUGUCCACGACAGCCACCAGAGGUGCCGGGAGGACGUUACGGUCUCUGCCAGCCAGCAGCAGACUGGCCCAUGCAGCAGAGAUUUCCACCUCUGGUACAGAAACCAUCGCCUCUCCAGAGCGGACCCGGUCCCCUGGGCUAUCUGUGGGAGCAGAAGCUGGUGGUGGCAUGGAUGCCACUGUACCCUCCACAGCCCCACUGCUCACCAGCUUGUCAUCGUCUGCCUCGGGCAGCGCUGCCACGUCUUUUCACAGCAGUCAUGGACCCAGGAGCAUCCCAGCCACAGGAGAGGCAAUACUGCACUCAGAAGUGCCCCUCGCACUCACCAGUGUGGCUGUGGGGACACUGGGGUCCCCCUCAAGCUCUGCGACCAACCCUGACCCCAGCAGCAGUUUGGGACAAACCUUGUCCUCCUCGGUGGCCAAGGCACACCAAACUGAUGGCUGGCAGGGAGACACAGACCUCACUGAGCAUCCCCAGGAGCUCACCAGCUUGCUGUCUGCCUCUGAACAUGUUUUUACAGGUAUCAGAAGCAGCCACCAACCAACUGACACAUCGACAGCAGAGAAAGAAACCUCAGCUUCCUCUACCACCAGUGCUUACGUUUCAGCCACAGCCACCGGGAGUGGAGGGAGGCCACCGAGGUCUGUCACAAACAGCAGCCGAUGGGCGACAGAAGUCUCUGCUCCCAGCAGUGGCGUGUCCAGGACCUCGGGUACCAUUGGAUCCUCACCUGCCUCUCCUGUAAGAGCGACCUAUGGAGCGCAUGGGGCCAGAGAGACAACAGGUUUCAGCCAGACUGUGGAAGACCCUUUGCUGCCACGUUCUCACUCUCCUGCAGAAGUUCCUACAGCUACUGGAAGCAGCCUUGCAUCAUUCAGUAUCCUGACAAUGGAGAGGAGAACUGAUUUUGAUGCCACCAGCUCCUCCAUGUCCACGACAGCCACCAGAGGUGCCGGGAGGACGUUACGGUCUCUGCCAGCCAGCAGCAGACUGGCCCAUGCAGCAGAGAUUUCUACCUCUGGUACAGAAACCAUCGCCUCUCCAGACCGGACCCAGUCCCCUGGGCCAUCUGUGGGAGCAGAAGUUGGUGGUGGCAUGGAUGCCACCGUACCCUCCACAGCCCCACUGCUCACCAGCUUGUCAUCAUCUGCCUCGGGCAGCGCUGCCACAGCCAAAGGAGCUAUAACAUCAGCCAGGGGACAAAGCCUGCCUGAUACUCCUCUGACUAGCAUGCCCAGCUCGGUGACAGCCACCAGUGGUGGGGAGAGGGCUGUGGAGCCCAUGACGGACACCAGCACAGGCAGCUCUGCUCCUGCUCCAGCCAGCACCAGCUCCCUGGACAUUGUCCUUCUGCUGUCUUCAGUGACAGAGCCCAGGAGGCAGAGAGAUAUUUCACAGAGCAGUGCUGACCUCAUUGAGCUUCCAACAAAGCCAGUGCCUGUAUUUCCUCCUGGUGUUUUGGUACCUUCAUCCUCACCAAGUGCUUCAGUUCCAGAGAGAGGGCAGUGGAUUUCUGGUGUUCCUACUGAGACUACAUAUGUCUUGACUGUGCUCUCCACCCGUGGGGAGGGGACACCUCGGGGUGAAACUAACCGCGGCACGUGGAGCACGGAAGUGGAAAGCCCCACAUCCCACCCGGGCACAGCUGGGGAGCCCCACUCUGGCCCUCUCCCAUCCUUCCCAGCAUGGUCUGGAGGGGGACAUGUCUCCUCUGACUAUGCAGGGUACACAGAGCCCAAGGUCACCCUUUCAUCCAGAGUCUCCACCUACUUCUCAGCCUCCGGUGAACCUUCCACUGUGGGAAUCAGCCAUCAUUCCCCCAGCAGCUUGAGUACGGAGGAAGAGAUUUCCAGCCCCUACACCGAUCCCUCGUACCCUUCAGCCACAUUAGCUGGUGGUGGAGAGGGGACACGGGUGACAAGCGGUGAUCUGGCCCAUAGCACAGAGAGCUCCGCUUCCUACACAGAGACCGCCAGCUUUUCAGAACCGAUUUGGCCAGCAUCAGCAGACCAGAGUGGGACAGUCAAUGCCUCAGUUGGCAGCAUGGGCUUUGCAACAGAGACUCUUUUCACACAUUCUUCUGAGAUAGCCACUGGUUCGUCUUUCCAAAAUGACCUCACAAGCUUUUCAAGUAGCCAUCAGCCAGUCAGUAGCAUCGAUGCCGAGAAAAGGACUUCAGUUUCUCAUACAGAUGGCACAUACAUUUCAACCACGUACACCAGAGGAGGAGAAAGGACCCUCCUGUCUAUCUCAAAUAGCAGCACCUCUGCUGACUCCUCUGAAAGUUCCACUUUUUUUUCAGAAAUUUCCAACCCUUCUGACUCAUCAAAAUCUUCUGUGGCCCAGGACAGGCGGAGCAACGUAUCCAGCGAUGGCAGUUUUGUUGAGCCAUCUACGGAGCCGUUGUUGGUGCACUCUUCCCAGCCAUUGACUUCUGCUUCUGUAGGCAACACACAAAAUACGACUCUCUUUGACACUGACUUUGAGGUGUUGCCCACUGGCAGAUCAUCUCUGUCUUCUUCAGCAUUUCCACCCUCUUCCUCAGCGUCACCACUGCGUCACUCGCUCACAUCAACACCACCACCAACUUACCUGUUGGCAACAUCAGAACCACCUGAGAUGCUCUCGUCCUCUGUGAUGGCAUCUUCAGCCCCUCUGCCAGCUUUAUCGUCCUCUUUGUCCACUUCCUCACUGCUUUCCUCAUCGUAUUCGUUACCAUCGUUACUGCCUCUGUUUUCAUCACCAUCAUCCAUCUCACAGUCCGACGACAGUGGUCGAAUAAGCACCCCUGUAGCUACGACGGCGGUCAGGCGGGUGCCCUCCACGGCCGCUGUGGCUGGCAGCUCACCCAGGGAGACCAGCAAGCACAGUGGUACUCGACAGCCCCCAAACACCACCACCUUCACCUCCACCACAUCUCCCCCGCUCCCUACGACGCCCAUGGAGCUGCUCGGUGGCCGCAUCGCGUCCACGCCUGUUCCCACAGUGGUAACAGAGAACACCUCACCGAGAGCUGCCACAUCCCAGGGGGGCACUGCUGGGAAGGCACCGCCACUGCUCACCACAGCCAGCGAAGCCCCGCAGGCAGUGCUGACAGAUGCUCCCCUCGGCACCUCACCAAGUGCAACAAGCCACGGCGUCAUCGUCCCUGCAGUCGCAUUGACCACGGUGAAACCCAUUGCGCUGACAACACCAGCCAGCCACCGGCCAACCCUGACUGAUGCUAGCACCGCAAAAACCCACAGAGCUCAAACAACUGCUGCCACUAAACACGUUUAUACCCCUGGUGAAAGGACGGAAGCUAUGGAUCUCACCACUGCCGUACCUAGUAAAGUCACCAAGGAAAACAUCCCUGCUACGAGUCCUCCUGAAGCCCCUCCAACCAUUAAGACCACUGUGAGCGUAAGAACUACUUUGGCUGCUACCAAACGCACAACCAUCCCUCCACCAAGUAGCACAGCUGGUGUGAGGACAUCUCCAGCAACAGAUGUGGAUAGAUGUCUUUCCAACCCUUGUCCCGCAUUGGCCACCUGCAACAACACCCAUGGCUCCUAUGUCUGUCAGUGCCCUCUUGGAUAUGAGCUGGAAAAAGGAAAGUGCAAUUUGGUAAGAAUAUUCAUCGGCCAGGUCCCCCUGAAACCUAACGUUACGAACGGGAAGUACGCAGAUCUCAAGCAAGUGGAGGGUGAAAUCCUGGCGAUGCUGGAUGCCUCGCUGUCAGGCUUGCCUGGGUACCACCACUCCACAGUCAAAGCCACCAGGGAGGCAAAUUUUGUGCAUGUUUCAGUGCAAUCCACGUUCUCUUUAGCAUCCAACGUGACUUUCUAUGACAUUGUCGGCAGCGUGCAAAGCUACAUUCGGGCUUGCAAAUCCUCCUCUGAUCCCUGCCAGUUCAUCUCCAGCUUGAAACCACUCCACAGAGUUGGCAGCUUGUGCAAGCAGAAGGACCCUGAAUGCGACAAGGAGACGUCUGAGUGCACUGACUUCGAUGGGGUUGCACUCUGCCAGUGCAAAAGCGGGUACUUCAAAUACAACAAGAUGGACCAUUCCUGCAGAGCCUGUGAAGAUGGAUAUAAGCUGGAAAACGAGACCUGUGUGAGCUGCCCCUUUGGCUUAGGAGGGUUCAACUGUGGAAACCCAUACCAACUCAUCACUGUGGUGAUUGCGGCUGCAGGAGGGGGACUUCUACUUAUCAUGGGCAUAGCGCUGAUUGUCACCUGCUGCCGAAAGAAUAAAAAUGACAUAAGUAAACUCAUUUUCAAGAGUGGGGAUUUCCAGAUGUCACCAUAUGCUGAAUAUCCAAAGAACCCCCGAGCACAAGAGUGGGGCAGAGAGACCAUCGAGAUGCAGGAGAACGGAAGCACCAAGAACCUAUUGCAGAUGACAGAUGUGUAUUACUCGCCAACUGGACUGAGAAAUCCUGAACUGGAAAGGAAUGGACUUUAUCCUCCCUACACUGGUUUGCCUGGAUCUCGACAUUCAUGCAUCUACCCUGGACAAUACAAUCCAUCCUUCAUUAGUGACGAAACCAGAAGAAGAGACUAUUUUUAGUAGAGGGAGGGGAAGACUGACGCAAAUUGGCUCUUGAUCCCCAGGUACAAUGUGUCUCCUGGCAGUUCAGCCCACACCAAUCUUACUCUUCCCAUAUAACAGGAUGAUCUUUGAACUCCAUGCCAAGCAUUGCUGCCCUGAGGAAUGGCUAUGCUUCCUGAGCAGCAGUGAGGAAGAGGAGGAGGAGGGAAUGGCUCAAUGUGCACAUCAGUAAAAGACCCAAGUGGAAGCUCAUGCGUGUACUCCGGUUUUGUUCUGUGCUGCUUCUUCACCCUUUAUGCUACACAGCAAGCAUCAAUAAGUACAGGCAGAUGAACUGUGCCCAGCACCCAGUGAAUACCACUAGGGAGUGUUUUGUUUACAGAUCUUGUUCACUGUUGACUGUGCUCGUCUUCUUGGCCAACCUUUAUGCAAAGAUUCACCAUGUGACUGGUUUUGGUAGGACAAGUUUGUCCACCCCAUUUCCCCUUGCUGCAUUGCUUUUUGCUUCGUAUGUGACAGGAAAUUGGUUUGUCCUCUGCCCCUUACCUUCAUACUGGUAGAAGUUCUCCAAAUGGCCGGGCCCUUGCUGAAGGCUGGUGCCUGGCAGUGUUGGCUGAAUUCAUGGGUUGAUUGUUUCCAAGGACUAGGGGAAGUUUAGUCAUACAACUGCAGUUCAAACUGAAAACAGGCACAGUUGAUUGUGCUGCUCUGAAAACCUAUGUAUAUAGGAAAGAGUCCGCGUAUGUUGUUGUUUUGUCAGCCAGUGUGGUUCAGAAGUGAUGACACUACACAUCAUCACAGUGCUUCUGCAUAGGAUCUUAUGAGGCUGUUUACUUGCAGGGAUUUAAAGGCUUAUAAAAACAGUGAUAAAAUGUAAAAUACUUGCCCACAAGGAAGAAAAACAUGAGCUGGGAAUUCACCGUGCCUCUUACGUGGAACUCAAGGAAGGAGCAGUAAGGCUAUGUCUCUGGCUGGGCAGGUGGCACGUGAGUUCUGGGCACUGGGUGGGACGUAGUUUUCAGCCCUCCAUAGCCACCUUGACUUCAGGAGGAGC